AUGAGCACAGCCGUCGGGAACGUGACACUCGCAACCACCCAUGCUGCUGAACCCCUACCUCAGCAAGGGCGGUUUGUCGUGCCGGACCCAGCCCGCAAGACCAUUGUCGUGGUCACUGGGGAAUUCGUUGGAACCUUCAUGUUCCUACUCCUCUCGUUCAUCGGAACUCAAACUGCUAUUGUCACCAACUCUGACGACCCCAAUGCGCCACUUCUGCCUUUCAGCCUGCUAUACAUCGCAUCAUCUUUUGGCGUAGCGCUUGCGGUCAAUGUUUGGGUAUUCUAUCGUGUCACCGGGGGAAUGUUCAACCCAGCCGUGACUCUUGGUCUCGUCUUGGUCGGUGCUGUUAAGCCGGUCCGUGGUCUUUGUGUCCUGGCUGCCCAACUCGUGGCUGCCAUCGCUGCCGCCGCCGCCGUAGACGGUUUGCUCCCCGGACCACUUCUGGUCGCCAACAAAUUGGGUGGUGGCGCGAGUGUCGUUCAGGGUCUCUUCAUAGAGAUACUACUCACUGCCCAGCUCGUCCUUACAGUUUUCUUCCUCGCAGUAGAGAAGCAUCGAGCAACAUUUCUUGGCCCGCUUGGCAUUGGAAUGGCAGUAUUUAUCGCUCAUAUCGUAGCCACAAAUUGGACUGGCACCUCCAGUAAGUAG